UUAUCGAACUAUGGAACUCACAAUGGAGAACCUCGGGAACCUUCACGGCGUCUCCUCGCACGCGCAGGCGGGGGAACUCAUGAGCUCACCGCACGCGCGGCCGUCGCCGUCUCCUGGUUCGUCUCACCGGAACCUGGUCUCGCACGCCCAGGGCGCGCGGUCAGCCAUGGUCUCCAGCAUGGCAUCUAUCCUCGACGGGUCCGGCGGGGACUACAGGACGGACCACUCGGGGCUCUCCGGACACCUCCACCCGUCCAUCAGCAUGUGCGAGUCCGGGAUGAGUCUCCCAAACAGUUACGCCACCCUCACCCCUCUCCAGCACCUACCUCCAAUAUCCACCGUGUCCGACAAGUUCCACCACCCGCACCCACACUCCCACCACCACGCCGCCGCCGCCCAUCAGCGACUCUCCGCCGGGAACGUCAGCGGCAGCUUUACGCUCAUGCGGGACGACCACCGGGGGCUCGCAUCCAUGGGUAACCUGUACUCCCACUAUCCCAAAGAGAUGCCCGUGUCCGGCAUGGGACACGGCUCGCUUUCUCCGCUGUCUAACGGGCUGGGAUCUUUGCACAACUCCCAGCAGCCGCUGUCCGCCUACGGGCCGGGCGCUCACCUCUCCGCCGAGGGGAAGAUGCUGUCCCCGGUGUCGGGCUUCGAGUCCCACGCGUCGAUGCUCUCGCGGAGUGACCAGGAGCACCUGGCCAGGAGCCUAGGCGGCCACGGCCACGGCAUGAUCUCCAACCUCAACGGCAUGCACCAUCACCCCCACAGCCACCUCCACGCGCAGGCGAACGGGGCGGUGAUGCUGGGGGAGCGGGAGCGGCACUGCCAGGCGGGCGGGCAGGGCGGGGGGUCGGGCAUCCAGGCGGAGGAGAUCAACACCAAGGAGGUGGCUCAGAGGAUAACGGCGGAGUUGAAGCGCUACUCGAUCCCGCAGGCCAUUUUCGCCCAGAGGAUCCUAUGCCGAUCCCAGGGCACCCUGUCGGACCUGCUAAGGAACCCCAAACCCUGGAGUAAACUCAAGUCGGGUCGUGAGACCUUCCGGAGGAUGUGGAAGUGGCUGCAGGAGCCAGAGUUUCAGCGGAUGUCUGCUCUUCGGCUCGCUGCAUGUAAACGCAAGGAGCAAGAACAGGGGCGGGAGCGCAGCCAGUUGCCAAAGAAGCAGCGAUUGGUCUUCACAGACCUGCAGCGUCGCACCCUGGUAGCCAUCUUCAGGGAGAACCGGCGGCCGUCCAAGGAGAUGCAGGUCACCAUCUCCCAGCAGCUGGGCCUGGAGCUCUCCACCGUCUCCAACUUCUUCAUGAACUCCCGCCGCCGCUCCCGGGACCUCUGGGCCACCGAGGACCAGAGCCACGGGGUCCACGGCCACCUACACCACGGGAACACUAACAACCACAACCACAACCACAACCACAACAACAACAACAACAACAACAUACACAACCACAACCACAACAACAACGUGCACCAUUCACCGAUCCAGCCCGGCACGUCCUCCGCGCCCACCUUCUCCAAAGCCUAGGAGGAGGCAGAGAGGGAGGAGGACGGUGUGCGUGGGGACAUUGUUUUCCUCCAUGUUCCAUAAGUCAUGAUCAAAGUGGACAUUCAGGUCCUUUUUUUUGGAUGACCUGUUCGUUUUUUGUUUUUUACAUUUAAAAUCGACUUUAUCUAUUUCUACAACAUUCAGCCUUCUUCAUUUCAUUACACUUCAUCAACUGCAUUUAGGAAAAAAAUAAACCAAAGAACAAAUAGCUUUACAUAUAGGCCCUGCCCUGUAGCGACACACGAUGGUAUUAGAAGUCCAUUGUAGCCUGUAUAUGAUGGUUUUCCAGCGGGGAAAUGAAUGUACCAAGACAUAAAGCCAUCGACAGCUAAACGAUGCAAACAAAGACAUCAGAAACGUAAUCGUUACAUCGGUGCUAUCAUGUGCAUAUAGGCAUUUUAUAGUUGGCCCACUACAUAAUCUGAGCUGAUUGGUGCACCUGCAACGUCUUUCCAUCCCAUGCUUUAACUAGGCUUGGGCAUGGAGUUUAGGUAGCCUUUUUAUGUUGUUAAUGCAUCCGUGUGCUUAUAUUGGCCUGCAAAUCCCGCGCACCACACAUGGAGUAUGCCCAUCCAGUCCCUCCCCCCCACCACUCUGCAUCCAUCCCCGCCAUGCAGGCAUGGGUCUCGUGCGAACACGCAUGUGCCCAAGAGGCCACGCGGUGAGCCGAUCCUGGGUUGUUAAUUUCACUGCAGUGAUCUAGCACAUUCCCAGCCGGGGUUAGAGUGCCACCUGCUGUUCGUUAGGAGAUCGUCCUCAAUCAUCCCUUAUCGCGCAACAGCCUAUAUAUCCUGUCAAUUCAUUCCAGAGCGCCCUCCGUAACGGGCGCUUCGGAAUUAUGUAUCUAAUUUGGGACUUUUUUUUUUUAAUUAUGGUCACCAAAUAGCCGCUCUUUAGCGUCAUUAGGGCAUUUUUCCUCUCUC